GUGUGCUGAAAGCAUAACUACUCUCCCAAACGCGUGUUGUUCUUUACAAGCCUCAACAAGGUAAGUUUGCAGGAUCAGGGAGAAAGUAUUAGAUUUCUAAGUGUCCCAUUCGCCGAGCUGCAUGAACUUCGGUUACGUGCUUUAUUUUGAGGCAGGCAUUACAUAACAAUCUUAAUGUAUCAAAAAAAGCGGUAAUGAUUUCUGUUAAGGUCGAUCUGCACGCAGUAUUCUGUUUGUUCUGUUGCUUAUAAAAACGCGAAAAUUAUUUCCCAGCAGAAAUUUUAUUCAUAUAGAAUAGCAAAAUCUUUUCCCUACGCGAAAAAAAGUAGUCACUCUGCAAAUUUAAUACACUACAGCAAGAUUUCUCGUGGAAUUUCGCUUUUUCUUUAUGAUUUAUUUAUUUCAAGCAAAGAUUCAUUGAACUCUCUGAAAAGCUGUCAAUAAAUGGGUAAUAAUCAUAACAAUCGGACAUCUUGCUCAGUGCCGGCACUUACUGAAAAUUUAGUAACAUCAAAAAUGAUUUCUUGAUAAAGACGAUUUUGUCUUUAGGGAGCUAAGCUAAAUUAUGAGCGAGGAGUUGUUGCGGAUGAGAACAUAACCACUGAACGUGGUUGUUCGCCGAGAUGAUUUUUAUGCCAUGGCCAUACCUUCUGAAAAAAUUCUUAUACUUCUCGAUCAGCUUGACGUUAUUGUUUCGCAGCAAUAAAUAGCAAAGAAGACGCAAAAAAUGGAGUAAGCAAUACAUUUCGAAAUAGAGUGCUUGAUGACUCAUGAAGGUCUGUAAAUCAAACAGCAUAUUCAUCGACUAGAUUCUAGAUCAUACGCUACGUUGUUACAUAAAAACAGUCCCCAUACGUGAGACAAAGGAAGAAACAAAGCCAGAAAAACAAAGCUGACAAAACAUAAACAAUGAAAAUAUUGCGAGUUGCUAAGGAAAUCAUCAGUUCCGAAGAUGUACAAGGGAAUGUCCAUUGAUGAGCAUUUCGCGCCGAAAGAAAAUGAUACCCAACUCGGGUGUUUGAAGAGAUCAGGCGUUCGUUUGCAGUGCGCGAUCAUUGCUUUAGUUUCCUACGUAGCGCAAGAAAACUUCCUUUACCAGAAGCAGGGUGCGUUCAUUGCUUUCUGGUUUGAUUCUUUGCCAAAAGGUGGGAACGAAUAAGUUCGCGUGUUCAAAUCUUAGUCACGUAACUUCGCUGAACGACAUUACGUUUCUUGUUGUGCAGCACGUUUCCCAGGCGUUUUCUUAACACGCACGAUUUCACAAAUUGAAUAAAGCUUAAUAGGCUUUAAAACCCCAUAAGCAAGUCUUUUGAUCAUUAGAUUGAUCCCUCUCAAACCACAAUGGUUUCAAUUGGCAACGCUUAAACUGCCAAGCGCACGAGCCACUGAACGAAAUUAACUUUUGGAUUCUUGUGACUUCCUGAUAUUUGUUUUAUGACCAACACCUCACACUAGCUUGAAAUAUCAACAUAAACAAAAUGCAUUGAAUAGCAUAUCUUAGAUUGACUAGAAGUAAACUUUUCAGUUUAUUAUGCGCCUAUUUUCAAUUCAUAGCUCCCCGAUCUAGACUCUAUAUUCAUGUCUUCAAAUCACGCUAAAAAUGACUACAAGUAGUCCUUUGCCUACGAUGUUUUGGCAGCCCAACUUCUAAAAAAUAAAUUCUCCUGCUUUCACAAUAGCCUUAAAUGAUUGUUAUCUCAGUAAUUUGCUGAAUUUAUGCUUUCAAAAGGUUGCUCCUCCUCUAGGCCAGUAUUCGUCCGCCCAUAAUUCGCUCCAUUUUCCAAAUAACUGCACAGCGCCUGCUUCGCUAAAAAUCUCCUCUCAUCAUCGAGAGACGUGCCGUAAAACUUAAUCUCCGGCAAAUUUCAGAAAUCUCUAGAUUCCCUUAGAGAAUUUGAGGUAAUACUGUUAAGUUUGGCGAUAUCAAUCCGCGUAUUAUUUGAUAGCCCGGCGUGUGAAAGGAAAAAAAAGCUACGAAAGCAGCCAAUGGUAUUACGCAUUUCCUAAUCAUUAUUGCGUGACUAAUAUAAAAACCCCGGGAGACGAGCUGAAAGACAAGGUACAUUGCAUAACAACAAUAGUUAUAAUGAAAAUGCAAGUGCAUUUCCAUAAAACAGAGUAGUUUCGUAACUAAAAAACAGUAUGAACAGUCGGCAAAAGAUUUUUCUGUAGCGUCAGGAGAUUGCAUGCGUCUAACCUUCCGGUCAAGAAAGAAAACAUUACGCAGAAACAUUCAUCACCCUGUCAGAUUGAAUUUUUCCUCGAGAUUGACACGUGAGUAUCGAAGUGGAUUACUUCAAUACUUUGACCUUUUUUUUUCAGAGAGCAAAAUUGACGUUUUCAUUAUCCCGACAAAUGUUCGCCGCGUCAAAGAUUGAAUGUCCUUUGUCCAGUGUUUAGAUCUCCUUAAUCUGUCUACAAGCGGCACUAUCUGACAACAAGAAGUCGCGCCUUACAUCAUUUCUUAGACUCCUGGUAUAACGCCAUCAUGAUCGUACUCGGCAUUUGUGCGGUCGUAAUCGUGGUUUUUGCGAUAACUGCAGCGAUGAGCGACAAGGUCCGUGAAGCCGUAAUAUCAUCGAAAAUCUACAAGAAAGGUUUUGCAGUCCAUAUGAACUUAUUCAGUCGUAUUCACAACAACGCCGUCAGAAAACACAAAGAGGACAUUUUCGAGAAAUUGAAGUCAUCCGUGGAAAGUGUUGGCGGUGGCGAUAUUUUGGAGAUCGGAGCAGGAACCGGGGCAAAUUUUGAGUUUUUCCCCGAGGGAAGCUCUAUCAUAGCACUUGAACCAAAUCCACACAUGGUACCAUACUUAAGGGAAAACGCUGAAAAGUUUCCACAUGUGCAGCUCAAGAACAUCGUACCAGGUUUUGCCGAAAACAUGGAUGGGAUUCCAGAUGCAUCUGUCGCCGCUGUUGUAUGCACCAUGACACUGUGUUCAGUGAGUGAUGUGAAGGCAACAUUGGCAGAAAUCAAGAGAGUUCUGAAGCCUGUAAGUACGCAAAAUUUGUUUUAAAAUUACGUCUGUAUGUAGAACUUCUACCAUUCGAUGUGGAUUCUUUUUUUCUUUGCCGCAGUUCACAUGAAAAAACUUCGAUAAAUUGCUCAAAAUGGGGAUUUUAAUUUUCUCCAAACAUUUCUAGCGGCUGUCACUCUUUCCUUCCGCACGAUUGUACUUCCCUUUCAUCUGCCACGGAUAUCAGAUCUUAAUCCUCAAAGCCUUAUCUUUAAUUGUCCAGGAACUAGCUUGCUAUUUUGUGUAAAGGAAUGUUUAAGAAACUGAAACGUUGUUAUUAUGAAUAUGUAGGAAUGUGCGUGUUUUUAAACAUCGAAAGACGGGCAAUAUAAAAAAAAUUGUUAAUUCCAAUAAUUCUGAUCUAAUUUUAAUUCUUUGAUAGCCUCCUAAUUGCACACUUCCGCUUAAGUGGUUCAAGAAAAAUUACCAAACUCAACAUCUCGCAGAAAACGGAUGACUUAGACGAAGUUCAACUGUCAUUUCUAAGAUCACUGUUUUCAACGAUUGCUAAAAGUCGUUUUUAUAUUAGACUACCUAUCAAAUUUAAAUUGGAUCGGAAGUAUUUGAUAUAGCAAGCUUAAGUGUGUUCUAUUUUUACGACCAAUCUUUUGCGGCACAUGAAAACUGUUCUUUGUAAUCACUCGCAAUAUUUUAACUUGCUCAAAUUCCCAUCGCGAUCUCCACAUCGCCCAUUUGAUAGCCUUCAAUUUGAAUGCCAAUUUUUUUCGCGACACCUUUUAAAUAAUUAUCUGAUUUGAACAGAGGAGAGGUUGAAAUUAGUGUACAUGCAGCCGUUAUUGACACUGAGAGUAUUUAAUUUUGGCGAAGAAAAAACGGCUCUCUUUGUUUGAUUUCUGAACAUUUUGAUCAAAGGAAGUUCCCCGUCAAAACAAUUUGAAACGAGACGUUGUUACCUUGUCAUUUUAUCGAGACGCUUAGGGUCAAAAUAGUGCCUAAAGUGACAGGUUUGAUAUCAAGGAAUCGAUACUCUUGUUUCGUCUACCAUUUGGUGUUUUUUCAUCGGAUUCUUAGGAGAAUAGCAGAUUCUUUUGAUCGUGGAAAGGACAAGGGUUGUAAACUUUGUGUUCGCCGGAGGCAAAAGUUUCAAGCGGCAACGAAAGAGAGCUCGAGAUCAAUUUUAAAGCCAUUUUGGUGACGUCAAUUUAUUUUGUUUAGCUUUUAGCUGAGUUACAGAAUCCGGUAUGAACGCGAGAAAACGAUGAUUACCUUAAAUGCGUUUUUAUCUUUUAAAGGAAAUAUUGACGAAAUAUGUUUUUUAGAGAAAACGUCCAGUAGCUAGACUUUGUUUACCAAAGCCAGGUGCAUAAACAUUUCAAAAUAUUUCCUUGGCCGAGUGUUAAUAUCAGAUGACAAAAGUUAUAUUCUAAUAUCAUUUCCGCUGUUUUGAUUUCUGUGUUUUGAUUCCAAAGUUAUGCCAGGUGAUUGCUUUGCAAAGACACAUAACAUUUGGAACAAUAAACAUUCUUGUGUGUAUACAUCAUGCUGUUGGAAAGGUAUAAUUUUCCAAAUGUUUGUUAUUCCGUUUCUGUUUCAGGGAGGAUAUUUUUAUUUCUUGGAGCAUGUAGCAGGUAUGUGGAGUCGUAAGAACUAAGUUCAAUUCUGUUUUCUACAUUGAGGCUUAGCUCAUUCUUGCCGAAUUCGGGGAGAUUUUACUGAGCGAAGAGCCUUGUAAGAGAUUUGCGUGAUUUUGCGCUUUCGCGAUUGUUUUGCUUGUUUGCUUUGUUUUGUUUAUUUUAAUCGUUCCUGAUGAAAUCGCGCGUAGCAAUUAAUAAUGGGAGUGUUCUUAGGCCUAGUCUGAUGACAAUGCUUUCGUAAGCUUGCCUUUUAGAGUAAAUUUCCGACCACAAGAGGUUGCUUACGGAAGUUGACGUUGAACUUAAAUGAAAUUUGCCUUAUCAGCUGCCAAAAAUAGCAGCUGAUACUUCUGGCAUUGUUUCAACAAUUACACAAGGAUGUUCCUGUUUGAUCGGAGGUCGAACAUGACGUGGGGUCGAUUUACGCCAAAUAUAAUCCUUUUUCUGUUCCAGACACGUUUUCGACUUUGCUCAGAUUUGCGGUAAAAACCUUUUGCGUCUGUCAUACAAAAAAAAUCAACCUCGUGCGUAUCGAUUGCUACGUCCGGCCCCGGUCUGGCCGUGGUCGCGAAAUCAUAAACCCAAAGCCGAAAAAUAAAAAUUUAGGCCGGCGACGAGACUCGUGCGAAACAUGGCCAAGUCUCCGCCAGUGAUCGCUCUCUGUUUCGAAGGACUUGAAAGCACUGCUUGACUUCCUUUCGGCUGUUAACGAGGCUUUUAGAGGUUUUCCUGCCACUUGAGGGUUUUAAACACGGCAUACUGAUGAAAGACAAUGAGUAGACGAGUACAUUGUAGUUUCUUCGUUCACGUCAGUCGCUGCGAUGAAACUCGGAGCACAAGAGAAUCUUCCCUUCUUCCGCGUAUUUGAAACUCUUCCUGCGCACAAGAAAUUCCAGGAGUUGUUCAAGUUUCUUUUGUUCUAAUUUCCUGAAGCUUUAGAAAAUUAUUCUCUCAAUUAAGAGAAGCCUCUCCUCUUUCUUAGCCGGUCGCUCGAAGCUUCAGCAGGCCGUGGAGAAAAUCUCUCAAACAUGCUUAUAUUGCUUUGUUUUUGCGCAUUAGAUGAACCAGAAACAUGGAGGAACUCCUUCCAGCGAAGAUUUGACAACCAGUGGAAAUAUCUCGGCGACGGAUGCUCUUGCAGCAGAGAAACGUGGACCCACCUGGACAAUGCCGGCUUCAGUACUGUGUCUUACAGAAAAUUUGAUCUGAAAGAACUUACUGUGCUUUGUUACUUGAUUCGACCUCAUUUAGCUGGGCAUGCUAUAAAAUGAGGUAACAUACAUAAUGGACGUCGCCCCACGCAAAGUUGGGCGAGAAACGUUCGACCCUUCACAAGACAAACCUUUUUACAUUCACACCAGAGAGGGGUUUAUAUUGGUUCACUAUCAAGUAUAGCCUUUUUACUCCUAGGGAGGGGAUCCCAAACAAUUAUUGAUACAAGGUGGGGAGAUGGGGAAGGUGGCGGGACGGUGAUCGUGUUUUUAUAGUAAAUUACUCCAAGUGCUAAGUACUCACAGUUUUUCUUUUCUCACACAAUUCGGCCAUCAUUAGUACUUUUUCUCGGAGCCUUUUUUGUAUUGAGGAUGACAAAAGAGUCUAAGAAUUCCUCUUAUGAACCGCCAGUAAUAUUAUGUUUCCUUACCGUGUUUCUUUGAAAAUCGCCCCCUUCCUUCCCACCUUUUAUACAUCUCCCCCACCCACCCCCCCUCCUCAGGCGAUGUUUCUCCGCGUAUUUAUGUUAUCAGGCACACGUAACGUAUAUCAGCACACACGAUUUAACUGAUAUAAAGUUGACAACCAAGUAAAAAGGGAAUUAUCAAAAUUGAUUAUUUAACGUACACGACAUAUGUAGCCGCGCAUUUGUUGGUGGUAUAACCAAAAUUAUUCUACAGAUUAGUAAAAGAAAAGUUUUAUAUGGCGCAUGUAGGGGGUUUUGACGUGAAAACCAGAAAUACAUCGUUAGAAAUUAUACUACCUGAAUCAGAAUGAGUUGAAUCUUUUCUACCUUUAUAAAUCAAGACAUUAAGGGGUUGUUUGUAAUCGUUUUCAAUUCAUUCAAAAAAAAAAAAAAAAAGGGAGAGAAAAAGAUGGAUUAUUGUGAAGCACCUUGUAUAAACUAUUUUGACUGAAUGCAAGUUAUGAAGGCACAUCAGUCUUCUCAUUGGGUUCCAGGUUUAAUUCAUUAGUGAAACUUUAUGGCAUACGAUGUUAGUGAAAUUUUUGCAGAUUUGUCUGUUAUGGUGGGCAUAAAUUUAUUUGCCAGUUAAUAGACAGGUUACUGAUGAUUUCCUUCGAUUGAAGUUGAUUGCCAGGUACGGGAAUCUUUUCUGGAGAAUAUAUCAUGGGAACACAGAAUUUCUGUGAAAAAAGUAAAAAAAAAAAAAACUACAUUUUUGAUAGAGCGCAAGUAUAUUUGAAUCUCCUCUUGAAUCGAGAGAUUAUUCUUCAAUUUAUUAUAUUAGUUAAUAUUGCAC